ACAGCAACAGCUAUAUCAACAGCUAAUUCGCUUUACUUUAAACCAAGGAAUAAAAUCCAGUAAUUUAAUUAUGAACUUCUACAAGAUCUUCGUCUUUGUGGCUCUCAUUUUGGCCAUUAGCUUUGGGCAAUCCGAAGCCGGUUGGCUGAAGAAACUGGGCAAGAGAAUUGAACGCAUUGGCCAGCACACCCGGGAUGCCACCAUCCAAGGUCUGGGAAUUGCGCAACAAGCCGCCAAUGUGGCAGCCACCGCUCGAGGAUGAGAAUUUGAUGUCCAUCAAAGGAUUCUCCCAGGAUAACCUGCUUAAUUAUAAACACUUAUUUAUUUACAAUCACCUAGAAAUAAACUAGUUUACAUCCCCGCAA